AUGUACCGAGCUGUUUCUAGUAUUAUUAUUAGGCGUCUACCUUUGAAGCAAAUAAAUAGCAUUCAAACAAAGUCUAAUAACAAUAUAAGAAAUCCAUCUCGAAAUCCAAAUAAAACACUAUAUUUACUUGUUAAGAAACCAAGAAAGCAUCAUAGUUGGCAGUUCCCGCAAGGAGGACAAGAUCCUGGUGAGACUGCCUUAGAAGCUGCUUUACGUGAAUUAAAAGAAGAAUGUGGGGCAAGCCUUAAAGUUCACAUCUUUGAACAUGCGCCAAUAGGGACAUAUCAAUAUGAAUUUCCUCCAACAUUCAAUCGUUGGGAUAAUGCAAUAGGUGCUAAAGUAAGACAAUAUUAA